AUGUCAUCAGCCACCGCUGCUACCAAGAUGACGUACCGCUUCCUGGGUAAUUCGGGCCUCCUCGUAUCCAAGCUCGCUCUAGGGUCGUGGAUGUUCCAGGACGAGAAGAACACGGUCGACGCAUGGUAUCAGAUGAUGAAGACGGCGUUCGCGAACGGUGUCAACUUCCGAGAGGACCUCGUCGUGACUGCCAAGAUCUUCAGUGGAACCAAAGGUUUCCACAACGGAACUCCCAACAGUCAGGGACUCAACCGGGAGCACCUGAUCGAGGGAACGAAGGCGUCGCUAGCCAAAAUGGGGCUGGACUACGUCGACGUGAUCUUCUGUCACCACCCGGACGCCUUCACUCCCAUUGAGGAAACUGUGCGGGCCAUGAACUACAUCAUCGAGAAGGGGUGGGCGUUCUACUGGGGAACAAGCAAUUGGUCUGUCAGUGAGAUCACUGAGACCUGUGAAAUCGCCGAUCGCUUGGGUUUGAUUCGCCCCAUUGUGGAGCAGUCUCAGUACAGCAUCUUCGAGCGAAACCGAGUUGAGUUCGAGCUUGUGGAUCUAAUCAAGACGCACAAAUAUGGGAUUACAGCCUGGUCUCCACUUGCAUUUGGCACCUUAACCGGCAAAUACGGCUCAGGCUGUCCUGAAGGAUCGCGCAUGCACACAGAAGACAUGCGUAAUGCGAUAUGGGGAACGGACUUUGAGGAGAGAGUCCAGAAGGCUGAUAAGCUAAAGCCGAUUGCGGCGGAACUGGGCUGCUCGCUGGCUCAGCUUGCUCUGGCGUGGUGUGUCGCCAAUGAAAACGUGUCAACUGUAAUUGUCGGGGCAAGUCGCCAAUCGCAGCUGGAGGAAAACCUCAAAGCGCUCGACUUCGUAGAGAAGUUGACACCUCACGUGAUGACCAAGAUCGAUGCCGUAGUCAACUUUGUGCCUGGGCACCCUGUGCCAGAUCGCCUGCGCGAAAUCCGUGAGCGUCACUUGUAG